ACAUGGCUGCCUCCGUCAGGCUGCUCACCCGCAGAGUGGUCCGUCUCUGUCAAAGGCGUUUUAACGUAACCUGUGUCAGCGGUCCAGGACAACAGUCCUGUCGUGGUUUUAGUGAUGCAGCCGGAGACAGGAGCACGCAUUUCGGCUUUGAGACGGUGCCAGAGGAGGAAAAAGCCAAAAGAGUGUACAAAGUGUUUGAGAACGUGGCUCAGAAGUACGACAUUAUGAAUGAUGCCAUGAGUUUUGGGAUUCACAGACUGUGGAAGGACGCACUGCUGCACAUCAUGCAUCCACAGCCUGGUGCACGACUGCUGGAUGUCGCAGGAGGAACAGGUGACAUUGCGUUCCGUUUCAUGGACUACAUUCAUUCUCAGCAGGAGAAGCAGGAGCGUCUGCGAGUGCAGUCCAUGCAGACACCGUCAUGGCAGGACAUUUCUGACAAAUACUCCACAGAGGAUGAAGGUGGUCCUCAAGAAUCCACAGCUGUGAUCUGCGAUAUCAACAAGGAGAUGCUCAAAGUGGGCAAGCAGAAAGCUGAAAGCAUGGGUGUCAGUGCAGGUUUGUCCUGGGUGGUUGGAGAUGCAGAGGAGCUGCCCUUUGACGACGACCAGUUUGAUAUUUACACCAUUGCUUUUGGAAUUCGUAACGUCACCCACAUAGAUCAGGCACUACAAGAGGCUCUGCGAGUCCUGAAACCUGGGGGCAGAUUCAUGUGCUUAGAGUUCAGCAAAGUGACAAAUCCUGUACUGGCAAGGCUUUAUGAUGCAUACAGCUUUCAGAUCAUCCCUGCUUUGGGAGAGGUGAUCGCUGGAGACUGGAAAUCCUACCAGUAUUUGGUUGAGAGUAUCCGCAAGUUCCCUGACCAGGAAGAGUUUAAGGGGAUGAUUGAGGAUGCAGGUUUCUACCGUGUGCAGUAUUACAACCUGACCGGUGGAGUGGUGGCUCUUCACUCUGGAUUCAAGCUGUGAGGUGAACUUCUCUUGUGAAGACCCAAAAUAACCAAAACAAACAUAGACUAUGGGAUUUUUGGGCUUCUCUGCAUGUACAAAAAAUGUCUGGGGGAAAAAAAAAACACCCUAAGCUCUUAGCUCCUCUCUGCAGAUGUCACAGCACUGACACAAACUCAGAGACCAGCAGAUGUAUUUAUUGACUCUUAACUUUCACUUUUGGAAAAACUGUAUCUAAUGUUAAUAUUGGUAUAACUAAUACCAAAUGAAAAACCACGAGCAUAUUUGUUGUGCCUGUGAGUGUGUGAGAAUCAGAAAGUACUGUAUGUUAAACAGCUUUAGCACAGCUGGAGUUUUGUAUGUUUUUGUUUUGGUAAUAAAAAUGGUUCAAAAGA